CAAAUUUUUGCAAACUUUUUUAGCUUAAAUGACAUAGAUUAGAUUAGUUAGUAGGGGGAUGAGUCAUCCCGGAUGACUAUUCGUCCAAUUCGUCAUCCGGUGCAAGUGAGGAUGAAUCUACUCAUGUGCGUCCCUCCUCACGACCUGCUAAAAAAAGGGCCAAAGUCGAGUCAGAAAGUGAGAAUGAUGACGAGGACUCUGGUGACGAUGAAUGGUCGGAUGAGGAUGAUGACGAGGAGGAAGAAACGUUGGAUGAGUGGAUAGUCGAGAGGAUGAAAGACUUUCACUCUCUAAAAGUUAAACGUAUGGGGGCUAACGAUCGUGUCAAAAUCUCGGUUCUCAAGAACUAUUGGGCAUAUGAGAAAGCGUUACUCUCCUCCACGGAGAAAGUCAUGCCCUUCACUCCUGCUAAAGAUUUCGUGAAGAAAUCGAAGUUGACAUCAAAGGAUAAGGAAAUGUUGGAUGAUGCGAUGAAAAAUUGUAAAAAAUCUGGGAAAAAUGCAGAGGCCAGAAAGAAGUACAAAUGUAGAUACAAGGACGACAAAGGAAAGAAAUGUGGGGUGUCAAAUUUCUAUACUCCGAGUAUGUUUCACAAACAUCUUGACACGCAUUUAUCUCUAAAAUUCUAUCGUUGCAAAAUCUGUUCACAAACAUAUCAACAAGAACCCGGAUGCUUGUCCCACAUCAAGAGUCAUCAAUUUUUGGACACAUUUUCUUGCAAGCUAUGCAAUAUUACUUUCACCCGGAAGGAUAAUCUAUCCCAGCAUAUCGAUGAAGGUCAUGCAGACACAGAUGGAAAAUUGUUUGAUGUUGAUAAGGAGGAGAUUGUCUUUCGACCACGAGUGCAAUCCGAUUUACUUGUUAAACCUAAAGGGAGAGGUCAGAUCCGUCAAUCUUACUUUGUCCCUGUGACCAAUCCAGAGGGAGAGAAGGAUGGAUUAGCUUGUAGUUUCACACAUAUGGAAGAUGUCAAAGAUGCGGCUCGGGGGAUAUUAAAGGGAGUCAAGAAAAAAGAAAAAUUGGGGACAGUGAGUACAGGAUGUGGAAGUUUGAAAGAAUUGUUGGCCCUUGGAUACACCUACGACCCCGAUGACGCAGUAUCGUUCCUUAUUUUCUCCCAUGGAAAGUACUCCUCCAACAAGGUGAAGCUUUGGUUGCGUCGUAAAUUGCAAGCCCACUGCAUCCACAAGCGAGAUGACCACAAGUUAAAAUUCAAGGAUAAGGAGAAGUAUCUCGUCAGAGCAAUUAAGAAAGUGUAUGAUAAGCUGCCAAAGUCGACUCAAAAGUUGGUAGAUAAAAUGUGAUUGUCUUGUAAUUGUUAAAUCUGAUUUGAUAAUAUUGUUAUAUAACUAGUCAUAUUUCUAGUUAUCAAUAAAACAUAAGUUAAUCGUACCUG